GUUCUAAUUCGAACCUGAUUCUAGUACUCAAAGAGCUUCUGCAUCGAUAAUGGGAAGUCAAUAAAUGUCAUGUCUAUGGAGAAGACAAUAAGCUUAACUGAUUUUAUGGCUAACAAAGGUUUUGAGAUCGGUGAUGAAUUUCAAUUGUAUGAUAACCAUCUAGUAUAAACCACAAAUUUGUUGUCGUAGGAUAUGUUCGGAAUUGCUUCCCUCGCAUCAUUAGAUUAUAGAAGUAUUUCCCCUAAAAAUAAACCAAAGGCUUUUAACCGAGUAGUGGCUUCUUUUCUUUUCCCUUUUUUAGACUAAGCAGCGGCAAAAGCAGAUAGACUAUCGCUACGCUCGGCAGUGAGCAGCCUACCACUUGAAAACAUGGCCGCUUCAAAGAUGCUUAUCCCCUCUCUCACCCUCUUCCGUCCACUAACAUGCGCCGCAGCGGCCUCAUACCCAACGCGGCUGGUACCUCACCCACCUGACCUCGUGAAGUGGGUCAAAAAGGAAGGUGGGUUCGUGCACGAGGCUGUGAAGAUUGCGCAGGACACCACCUUCGGCCUAGGCCUUGUAGCUUCUGGAGAAAUCCCCAAAGGCUCUGAUCUUAUCGUCCUCCCUGAUCACGUCCCCUUGAAGUUUCAUUCAGACAGACAAGAUGUGGCUGGCUCUGUCUUGCUCCAUUUGUCUCACCAAGUUCCUGAGGAACUAUGGGCCAUGAAGUUGGGUCUAAAACUUCUGCAAGAAAGAGCAAAGGUUGGAUCCUUCUGGUGGCCGUACAUCAGCAAUCUUCCUGAAACUUACAGUGUACCCAUCUUCUUUACUGGAGAGGAUAUAAAGAACUUGCAAUAUGCUCCCCUGCUUUACCAGGUCAAUAAAAGGUGCCGUUUUCUUCUGGAGUUUGAGCAAGAAGUAAAAAAUGGUCUUAAAAAUCUGAAAUUAAGCGAACACCCUUUUGGUGGCCAAGAUGUUGAUGCAUCCUCCCUUGGAUGGGCAAUGUCAGCAGUCUCAUCCAGGGCAUUUCGAUUGUAUGGGAAAAAGCUUCCAGAUGGAACCUGCAGUGAUAUCCCAAUGAUGCUUCCUCUGAUUGAUAUGUGCAACCAUAGCUUUGAUCCAAAUGCCCAAAUUGUGCAAGAACAAGAUGUUGGGAGUUCAAAGAUGCUAAUAAAGGUUGUAGCUGAAAAGGAUAUCAAACAAAAUGAUCCUUUACUUCUCAAUUAUGGCUGUCUAAGCAAUGACUUUUUCCUAUUGGAUUAUGGAUUUGUUGUGCCGUCAAAUCCAUAUGACUAUAUUGAGCUUAAAUAUGAUGGAGCUCUUAUGGAUGCUGCAAGUAUGGCUGCUGGUGUUUCUUCACCCAAUUUCUCUGCGCCAGCUCCAUGGCAGCGACAAGUUCUGUCUCAGCUUAAGUUAGAUGGAGAAGCUUCAAAUGUAAAGGUAAUCAUAGGAGGCCCCGAAUUGGUAGAGGGACGCUUAUUGUCUGCUUUAAGAGUUAUACUAUCAAAUGACAUGGAAUUGGUGCAGAGGUAUGAUUUGAACAUUCUAAAAUCUUUAUCAGCUGAAGCUCCCCUUGGAGUUGCAAAUGAAGUAGCUGUUUUCCGCACCAUUAUUGCACUCUGUGUGAUUGCACUGGGACACUUCCCCACAAAGAUAAUGGAUGAUGAGUCUCAAAUGAAACAAGGUGUUCCCGUUUCAACUGAGUUGGCGAUACAGUUCCGGAUACAGAAGAAAUCCGUGAUUAUAGAUGUCAUGAGAGAUCUCACAAAGAGGGUGAAGGUUCUGUCAUCGAAGGAGACCUCCACUGCUUAAGGCUAAUUUUUUAUGAUAUAGAGUCAUUCAACUUAUGUUUGUUCCAUCUUACACUUGUUCUGGUUCUGCUAUUUUUCUUGUUAUAACCCUGUAUAUAUUUAAUAUUUUCUAUACGAUUUCCUGCUGGUUUCAGUAAUUUAGCUUUUUACAUCUAUGAAAAAUUUUGACCGCUUUUAC